AUGUUUCUGUCAUACGCCACCGUGCCCAUGUUCGCUUUCAUGAUACUGUUGAAUUUCUUCUCCUUGUACUCGCCCAUCGAGUCGGCGGCGAAGAACGGAAAGUACUACCAUACGUGCCAGGAUUGUCUGGAUGACACUUGCCACAGUCAAUUUAAUAGGCCGUGCAUUUUCAGAAACAAAGCAUUCUAUUGUGUCACUUGUAAUUCCGUACAUGGCAACCAACAGUACUACUCCGAAAUCGAAUGCGUACUCGAUUGCAUGGACCCGGGGAAGUCGUGCGUUUGUAACGACGAGUGUUACGUGUGCGUCCCAAACGGGGCCAUGAGUUAUUCAGGGACUUGCGAAGAUCCAACCACUGAAGAACUGAACCAGUGCACCUAA